GAAGGCUGACAUCGGCUGCACCGCAGGCAGCGGGAAGGACUAUGCCGGCGUCUUCACGGACGCAGGGCUGGCCUUCCAGACCAACACAAACCUGCAGACCCCGGAUAGGACAGAUCCCGAGUGCCCCAAACCAGCUACCUGGCGCCGCCGCUCGGUGAUGCUCAUGGAGAAGAGGAUGGACAAAGUGGGUCAGUACCCAAAGCAGCUGCGCAAGUGCUGUGAACAUGGCAUGCGGGAGAACCCCAUGAAGUUCUCGUGCCAGCGCAGGGCUCGGUUCAUCCAGCACGAGGCCUCGUGCGUGAAGGCCUUCCUGGACUGUUGCAACUACAUCACCCAGCUGAGGCUCAACCACACCCGUAAUGUCCACUUGGGAUUGGCCCGGAGUGACUUGGAUGAGGAUAUAAUCCCGGAAGAGGAAAUCAUUUCCCGAAGCCAGUUCCCUGAGAGCUGGCUGUGGCGCAUAGAGGAACUCAGUGAACCUGAGAAAGAUGGAAUCUCCACAAAGACCAUGAAUAUAUUUUUGAAAGACUCCAUCACCACCUGGGAGAUUCUGGUGGUGAGCUUGUCGAACAAGAAAGGGAUCUGCGUGGCUGACCCCUAUGAGGUCACGGUGAUGCAAGACUUCUUCAUCGACCUGCGGCUACCCUACUCUGUCGUGCGCAAUGAGCAAGUGGAGAUCCAGGCCGUUCUCUACAAUUACCAGGAUGUUGGGGAGCUCAGGGCGAGGGUGACCCUGAUCUACAACCCAGCCUUCUGCAGCCUGGCCACCGCCAAGAAACCCUAUCAGCAGAUUCUGGAAAUCCCAGCCAAGUCCUCAAUAGCCGUGCCUUUUCUCCUCGUGCCUCUGAAGGUCGGUCUACAUGAGGUGGAGGUCAAGGCUGCUGUCGACAAUCGUUUACUCAUGGAUGGUGUCAAGAAACUCUUGAAGGUCGUGCCUGAAGGGAUCAGAGUCGACAAAACUGUGGCCGUUCACACACUGGAUCCAGAAAACCGGGGCAGAAACGGAGUGCAGCGAGCAGAGAUCCACGCCACAAACCUCCGUGACCAGGUACCAGACACAGAUUCAGAGACCAGGAUCCUCCUGCAAGGGACCCCGGUGGCUCAGUUGACUGAGGAUGCCAUUGACUCGGAGCGACUGAAAAACCUCAUCGUGACCCCCUCGGGCUCCGGGGAGCAGAACAUGAAAAGCAUGUCGCGCACGGUCAUUGCCGUCCAUUACCUGGACCAAACGGACCAGUGGGACAAGUUGGGACCCACAAAGCGAAAGGAAGCCUUGCAGCUCAUCAAAAAGGGGUACUCCCAGCAGCUGGCCUUCAGACAAGACAACUCGGCUUUUGCGGCCUUCCAGAAUCGGAAAGCCAGCACCUGGCUGACAGCCUACGUGGUCAAGGUCUUCUCUCUGGCAGCCAAUCUCAUUGUCAUUCAGGCCGAUGUCAUCUGUGGAGCUGUCAGAUGGCUGAUCCUGCAGAGGCAGAAACCCGACGGGGUCUUCCAGGAAGAUUCGCCCGUAAUUGACCAAGAAAUGACUGGUGGCUACCAGGAGAAUAAGGAGAAGGAUGUGUCCCUCACAGCCUUUGUUCUCAUUGCAUUGGAAGCGGCUAAAGAUAUUUGCAAUGAUCGGUUCAACAGCCUGGAGCGCAGCAUGGAUAAAGCAGGAGAUUAUCUUGAAGCCCACUACAGGAACCUACGGAGGCCGUAUUCUGUGGCCAUUGCAGGCUAUGCCUUGGCCCAAUUGGGAAGACUGGAGAAAGACCUCCUCAAAAAAUUUCUGAGCACAGCCAAAGACAAGACACAGUGGGAGGAGCCUGACAAGAAGCUCUACAGCAUGGAGGCCACAUCCUAUGCCCUCUUGGCCCUGCUGGUGCUCAAAGAAUUUGACUCUGUGCUUCCCGUCGCAAACUGGCUCAAAGAGCAGAGAGAAUACGGAGGUAUUCUCCACAGAUAUGGCUCCACCCAGGCCACCUUCAUGGUGUUCCAGGCGUUGGCCCAAUUCCAGAAGGAUGUCCCUGACCACAAGGAUCUGAAUCUGGAUGUGUCCAUCGAACUGCCCAGCCACAGCUCUGUCAUCAAGUACAGAAUCUUGUGGGAAUCUGCUAGCCUCCUGCGGUCAGCAGAGACCAAGAAAAAUGAGGAUUUCGUAGUAACAGCUAAAGGGAAAGGACAAGGCACCUUGUCGGUGGUGACAACGUACCAUGCCAAGCUCAAAAGCAACCACACCUGCAAGAAGUUUGACCUCAAGAUUAAUGUACGACGAGCUCCUGAAGAUGUCAAGAGGCCUCAGGAAGCCCUGGACACCAUGAUCCUUGACAUCUGUACCAGGUACCUGGGAGACCAGGAUGCUACCAUGUCGAUCCUGGAUAUAUCCAUGAUGACUGGCUUUUCUCCUGACACUGGUGAUCUCCACCAGUUGAGCAACGUCAUUGGAAGAUACCUCUCUUUGUGUGACAUGAACAAUAAGAACACCGUCACCAUCUACCUGGACAAGAUCUCACAUGACCAGGAGGACUGUCUGACCUUCAAGGUGCACCAGUACUUCAACGUGGGCCUUAUCCAGCCCGGGUCGGUCAAGGUGUACUCCUAUUACAACCUGAAUGAGAAUUGCAUCCAGUUCUACCACCCAGACAAAGAAGACGGGUUGCGGAGCAAGCUCUGUCACACAGACGUGUGCCGAUGUGAGAACUGCUUCAUGCACCCGAUGGAUGAAAAGACCACCCUGGACGAGCGUCUGGACAAGGCCUGUGAACCAGGAGUAGACUACGUGUACAAGACCAGGCUUCUCAAGAAGGAGCUGUCAGAAGACUUUGAUGAUUACGUAAUGGUCAUCGAGCAGAUCAUCAAAUCAGGCUCUGAUAAGGUGCAGGUUGGACAGGAGCGCAGGUUCAUCAGCCACAUCAAGUGCAGAGAAGCCCUGAAGCUGCAGGAGGGGAAACACUACCUCAUGUGGGGCAUGUCCGCCGACCUGUGGGGAGAGAAACACAACAUCAGCUACAUCAUCAGGAAGGACACCUGGGUGGAGCUGUGGCCAGAAUCUGAUGAAUGCCAGGAUGAGGAGAAUGAGAAGCUGUGUCAAGACCUGGCCAACUUCGCUGAGAACAUGGUUGUCUUUGGCUGUCCCAACUGACCCCUGCCCACAGUCCCCACAAUAAAGCUUCACUGAGAGUU